AUGCGUCGUGUGGAUGAAAUCAGGCUGCUCUAUCUUAUGGACGCGUCCUACAAAUAUCCAUCUCCGCCUAUGUGUCCAUGGGCGCCUUUGGACACAGUUGGCAUUGAGACGUGUGCGAUUGAAGUUCGAGAGCACAUCCGCUGCGGUCAUCGACCGAUCUACCAGUUUUGGACCUGGCGUGGCGGAGGCGGCCAACGUCAGGAAGACUAUGAAUUAACUGCUCCCCCUCCAGCUCUAUUAAGACAAGUCUUUCAAGCCUUUCUCACUGGUCUUGAAACCCUUCUCUGUAGCUUCAAUGGGCGAGUCACCACCCAAAUCACACUGGUCUCCGAUCAAACCAUUCAAAGUAUGACCCUUUCCGAAGUAGCUACUCGAAACGCAUUCACCUGGACCUUGUCGGACGGCACGAAACCUGAAGAUGUGGAUUAUUGGAAACAUGAAUGGCUUGAUGGGCUCUUGAAUGGGUUUGAGGACGACGCACAGGAUACAUCUACCAGCGAAGAUGGUGACCCCGAAAGCAAUGAAGAAUAUCAAGACGAAUUUGCCCGUGCGAGAACGAGCAUAUGGGCCCAAAUGACCCGCGAAGACGACGACUCAUAGAAGUGCCUAUGCUUUAAUUUUCAAGGAAUAAGGCCAUACCGUGUCGGCCGAAGGAUAUAUGACCGAGGUGUUUUGAGACGGACAGGAAAUUCAUUCUCUGAAUAUCAUAUCCGCGUAGCUUCAAACAUUGCGAUGAUGCCACUCAAUGCGAAUUGGUAUGCAGUAGGGUACAAAUAAC